AUGGUGCAGCCUCAUGACCUAGUUCAGUUUCUCCGUCAGGAAGGUCGGGUGUUAAAAGCGGAGCAAGCCAAAAAUCAACUCAUCAAUCAGAAGAACAUCAUUGACACUCAUGAAAGCCAAGAUGAUCCGCAAAUUGAGUCGCGGCUAAUGAAAACUGACCCGGACUGCGUAACAGCUGGUACCCCGCUUCCGCUUCAAGAACUUUUCAUGUCAACCGCAGUACCAUUUGAACACAUCGAUAUAAAAGUAGAAACUUAUCUUGGAAAACCGCGUUCAGCACCCAAGGUGUUGGCCAAGGAGCCGUUUUGUUCUCACUAUUUCCAGCUGGAUUUUUCGAUGGCUUCAUUCUUGCAUUUAGAGACAAUCGCCAACCUGUCCAAACUGUCCUGCGUCCCGGAACGGGCGUUGCGUGAUCUUUUUUUCAGUGACUGGCCGUCGCCGUCUGACUUUGGAAACGCGGUGGCUGACGCGCUUGAGAAACACUCGCGGUCAUGGAUUCUUUACACGCUAGCGUCUUACUACUGGCGUUAUGUGGGCAACGGCGAAGAAGCGAUCGAAUGCCUAAAGCGCGCCUUGCACUUCUCAAGCAGAAAAAAUAUCGUCGUACCGUUGUUAAGUUUGAUAAACGUCCUUCAUCACGGCCAGAGCAAGGAUUCAACGAUCGUCGUCGACGUUGCACUGGCGUUUAACAGCACAGUCGUUCCGCUGUUGGUAACCACUGCGCAUGUUUUUGCGGUACGAAUUAUUCUGUGCAAAAUUUUGUUUUCAAUUGUUUAACG